AUGGAGGGAAGAUACCGUCUUUUGAAGAACAGAUUAAACAUCGAGAUGAUCGUGUCAGAAAUAGACUUAGACAACGUACUGAUGGAGUUCCAAAACAAACCCUCAUCAAAGCCAGUUUCACUGCAACGGAAAAAUAUUGAUGUAUUCCUGGAUAGAUUAAAAGUAGACUUGGAUAGGUGGUUGAAGGAUUAUUUCAACGACUACCUGAUGUACCACGUCAUAGCUGAAGAUGAGGAGUUUGAAAAAUAUAAUCAGAAAAAGACGAUGGCGCUCAAUCAGUAUGCAGACAAGGCGAUAGAGAAAGUCAUAGAACGUCUCGAUGAGAUGAAGGCCAAUGCCGUCUAUCUACCCGUCUUCGAAAUGCACAGUGUAACUGUUGCGGCAGUAAAGCUAACAGACGGAGUGCUGCGCGGACUGGACAGCAUCUACAGACGCUCCGUCGCCACCGGCGCCAAACACAACAACGUGCGCACCGUUGACUCCAUCGUCGGCUUUAGCAGCUUGAAAUUGAGCUACAGAUACUACGCGAUGGUGAAGUCAGGCCUGCCCCCGGUGUCAGGCGUGCUGACCCUGACGGCGGACGACCUGACAGCGCACAUGGCUCUGUCCCUGACCAAGGACCCAGAGGCUGUCGACCUGAGUUUCACCUUUUUGGAACAGGCAAAGCCCGAGUCUCUUACAAUAGACGGUCCUGCGAACAGAAUGAUAUCUAACUUCAAGUAUAUGCUGGAGCGACACAUCAUCGCUAUAAUGUCCAACACAUUGAUGCACAACAUACAAAUGCUCGGAACCCUGGACCGAUGCAUCCCACUACUUGCACCUUACAAGGAAGUAGAAGCAAAUGUAACUGAUUCAAAUGAAAACAAACCCCUCACACUCUCAAACAACAAAGACAAUAAUGUAGAUCAGAACACAACCGUAUCCACGAACACUGAAGAGCCGCUACCUACGUUUAUUUAUCUUGAAAAAGUUGAAAAUGAUACAGUUAAAUCACAAGAAACUGGGGAGGCUAAUUCUAAUUCACAGGAAGAAAAACCUGACAACACAGAAGCUUCAUAA